CGAGAGCGAGAAGCUGGAAGCUCGGCCUUUGGAGCAAGAGGACUGCGCUGAACAGCGCAGAAAUCGCAUAGCAGACUCCUUGGCUCGCUGCAGACCGCUUCCUGAACACUGCGCAGCACAACUGAGACUGCAAGAGCUUCACUGCAGCACCGCCCUACGCCGCCGCGGCGCGGCAGCACCGCAGCAGGCUAGAACGCAAAAAUGGCCCAGAUCGACCGCGUCACUUUUGGUUUUUACGCCCCCGACGAGCUGCGCGAGAUUGCCGUCUGCACGAUCACCGAGCCGCGGACGUUCGACCAAACGAACGCGCCGACGACGAACGGCCUCUACGAUCCGCGCUUGGGACCCACAGAAAGGGGCCUGAUCUGCCCGACGUGCAAUCAAACCGAAAGACACUGCGACGGCCAUCUGGGUGUGAUUGAGUUACCCGUACCAUGCUAUAACCCCCUGCUGUUCCCUACCUUGCACAAACUGCUCCAGAUUAGGUGUGGGACGUGCCACCAGCUACGGCUGGAUAAGCUGCACACGCGGUGGCACGUAGCUAGGAUAGCAUUGUUGGACGCCGGCCAAUUUCAACGAGCAGAUCAAUUGCUGAGGCCGGGCAAGCCGUCGGCGGACGAGCCCGAGGCCGUCGAGUAUCGUAGAAUAGUGACGGAACGCAUCGAGAGCGUCGAGAAGGACAUCAAAGACGGGAGACUGACGCCGACGCCCUCGGCCCAUGGAAGGGUAGAAAGACAAAAGGCGGCCAAGGAGUUCUAUAGUGCGUGCCGGGCCGUGAAGAAGUGCGACCGCUGCGGCGCUUCCGAAAGAAAGCUGCGACGGGACGGCGCGUCGAAGUUAUUUCAAUUACCGCUCGACGCGAAGCACGUGCAAGACGAGCGACUGCAGGGCAUCAAAGCGCCCAGAGCGGUCGGGAGUAGAGACAUUUCAGGGGGCGUCUUCGACGACUCUUCUUCUGAUUCCGACGACGAGCGGCCGCCCAUUACUACGGGACGAGCUUUAUUUGUUACGCAAGCCGAAGCUCGAGCUCAAUUAAAGUUGCUCUGGAAAAAUGACGGCGAGGGCUGCGACGCCUUGUUGGGUUCGAUCGUGUGUACUUCACAAAAGAACGACGACAAGGCCGCGGACAAGUUCUUCCUGGACGUGCUAGGAGUCCCCCCGCCUCGGUUCCGGCCGGCGCAGACCGUGGGCGGCGUCCUCGCGGAGCACCCCCAGAAUGUGGUCCUCGGCAAAGUACUGUUGUUAAGCAAGCAGAUCCGCGCCCUGAAGGGCGAAGGCUCUGAAGCGAAGUUAUUGGAUCUGUGGCUACGGCUGCAGGGCGAGGUAAAUAAUUACGUCGAUAGCUCGAAGAGUACGAAUCGGGACCAGCCGCCAGGUAUAAAACAACUACUGGAGAAGAAGGAAGGCUUGUUCCGGAAGCACAUGAUGGGGAAACGGGUGGACUUCUGCUGCCGAUCGGUCAUCAGCCCUGAUCCAUUCUUAGCGUCCGGAGAAAUAGGCAUGCCCGUUGUUUUUGCGAGAAAGUUGUCCUACCCGGAACCGGUGACGCCCCACAACGUCGACCAUUUGAGAAGAUUAGUGCAGAACGGGCCGGACCAGUGGCCGGGCGCCAACUGGGUCGAGACGCCAAGAGCUUCCGGUGGGACGCAGCGCACCGAUUUAUCUAGGGUAGCUUCGGCGAAGCGACGCGCGGCCAUUGCGCAACAACUACUCACAACACCGGGCCAAAAAGUCGGGCGCCAUGUACUAGAUGGAGAUUCCGUCCUCGUCAACAGGCAACCGAGCUUACACAAACCAUCGAUCAUGGCUCAUAGAGUCAAGGUCCUCUCCGCCGACUCCCUAAAACACCACCAAACUCUGAGGAUGCACUACGCGAACUGCAACGCCUACAACGCCGACUUCGACGGAGAUGAAAUAAAUGUCCACUUCCCGCAGUCGGAGCUCGCGCGCGCCGAGUGCGAAGUUAUUGCCGGGACGCACGAGCAGUACAUCGUACCGACCGACGGGAAGCCUCUUAGAGGGUUAAUCCAGGACCACAUCGACGCGUCGGUGAAGCUAUCGAUGGCGGAUUGCUUUCUGUCGAGGGACCAGUUCUGCCAGUUGGUUUACGAGAGUGUCCGACCGGUCAUAGGACUGGCUUCCUUAGAUACGUCUACGGUGCAACCCGCUCUCUUGAAACCGGAGGUGCUGUACACGGGUCGACAAUUACUGUCCUGCGUCCUCGCCCACGUCACGCGGAAGCACGUGUCACCGAGGAGGGAACCUCUGCUAAGGCACUUCGAGGGCAAGGCCAAGGUGCAGGCCAAAGCCAUCGGUGGGAUCCAAGGUUUAGAUGAACCUUCGGUGUUAGUGAGGAAAGGCUUGAUACUCAGAGGUGUCUUGGACAAAGCUUCUAUUGGUUCAUCAGCCAAUGGCUUGGUGCAUGCCAUUUUUGAAUUAUACGGCGGGAGAGCCGCGGCGGAUUUAUUAGAUGCUCUUACACGAUUACUAACAUCAUACUUAGCGACGGUGGAAGGUCACACGUGCGGCAUCGGCGAUUUGGUGCUGACCGACCAAGCCGAACAAGCACGCAAGGCAAUAGUGGAAGAAACCGAACAAGUUGGGAUUGAAGCCAUGGAGAGCUUUCUUAAAGAAAGGGGCUACAAGGACUGGGAUGCUGCAGGGAUAUCUCAGACAGAACGAGCGCGAAGAAGACGCGACGCGACCCAUAAGGCAUUGGGGGAGGACGGCGCGCGGGAAGCGCUAGAUGCGCACAUGAUGGGCGCCUUAGCUCCGCAACACAGCAAAAUUGUGAAAGCUUGCCUGCCGGACGGCCUGGGCACGCCCUUUCCGAGAAAUGCUUUUGCGCUCAUGGUGACCACUGGUGCGAAAGGUUCCGUCGUGAACCAGUCGCAAGUGUGCUGCGCGUUGGGCCAGCAAUCCUUGGAGGGGCGGCGCGUGCCGGUGAUGCCGUCUGGGAGAAGCUUGCCUUGUUUUGACCCGCAUGACCCGAGGCCUAGAGCCGGCGGUUUUAUUGCCGAUAGAUUUCUAACAGGAAUACGGCCGCAGGAGUACUACUUCCACUGCAUGGCCGGGCGGGAAGGGUUGAUCGAUACGGCCGUAAAGACGAGUCGAAGCGGUUAUCUCCAGAGGUGUCUCGUGAAGCACCUCGAAGGCUUGAGGGUGGCCUACGACCACACCGUUAGAGAUGAUGAGGGGAGCGUUAUUCAAUUCUUAUAUGGUGACGAUGGGCUCGAUACGACGAAGACGCACUUCCUGUCGGGCGCGAAGGAGCUGAGAUUCCUCGCCGCGAAUCAUGUCGAUAGUAGGGAGACUACGAUCAAGGACGCUAUCGGGCGGAGGGACGUCCUAGAGUUAGCUAAAGACGUGCAAGCGGCGCGCAAGGCUUCUUCCGUCCAAGGCCUCGCGCUACACGCUCGCGUAAGGGCGAGACGGAAGGACGCGCGCGAGUACUCCGAAGGUAGCGUCGUCAAGGUCCGGUCCGAUUCUGUGGACGUGCGCUUCGAUAGUGAUGGGACCGUGCAGAAGAAGCUGACUGGCGUUGUUCACGACGACCUUAGUACGCCCGUGAACCAAAGAUUCGAGGCCUGGCGACUAGGCGCGGUGUCCGAUCGCGUCGAGGCAUUACUAAAUGAGGUCGACGCCGAGAAAGGCAUGAGGGACGCGGUCUACGACAAGUAUGCGAGGUCCUUGGCGGCGCCGGGCGAGGCCGUCGGCGCGCUGGCGGCACAAAGUGUAGGGGAGCCGUCGACGCAGAUGACGCUCAACACCUUCCACCUGGCGGGCCACGGGGCGGGGAAUGUGACGUUAGGCAUACCUCGGCUGCGAGAGAUCAUCAUGACGGCGUCCGCUUCCAUAAAAACGCCCCAAAUUACCAUUCCCGUGCUCGAUGACGACCGCGCGAAAUCGUUGGCGUCGUCGUUGACGCCCGUCCGACUAUCCGACGUCGCGGACCUCACGGAAGGCAUCCUCGUCAAGGAAGCACUACUAGUGGACAAGGACCUCAUACGGCGGAAGUACACCGCGUCCGUCACAUUAUUUGGGACGGACUUGAUUGACGGCCACUUCGGUGCUGGCACGGUCCCGGACGACCCGCGCGUCUUGGCCCAUUCCCUGGAGAUGCUCGUGCGGCGGGCGGUCAUGCGCGCGACGGCGCCGGCGCGCGCGAAGCAGUCGAUCAUCGGUUCGGCGCCCGCGCAAGCGCCGAAACCUAAAGCUGUACCGGAGAAGGACUCCUCGGACGACGAUGAUGAUGACGACAGCGACGUCGACGACGCCGAGGCCGGCACGCUGAACAGAAAGGCGCGGGAGGUCGCGGGCUACGACGACGACUCGUCCGAUUCAGACGAGGCGCCGGCGCCGGCGCCCGCACCGGUAGAUGAGGACGAAGCACCGAAGAAGCGCGCGGCGCGGGGCGAGCGCAAGCUCGCGGUCGGCGUGUCUGGCCGCCGCGACGACGAGGACCGGUUGGUCUUUGACAUCACGGUCGACUGCGCGGGCGGCGCGCAGCGCGUCCCUCUGGGUAGUUAUAUCGAAGACGCCCUGGCAAAAGUCACUGUACGAAGUUGUACAGGGGUAUCGCGGGCGACGUUCGUGCCGGGGCGAGGUCUUAUCGUCGAGGGCAACGACUUCCAUUCAGUGCAUGCCUUCUGCGGUGAUUAUGGCGACACAGUUGAUUUGAACGCCUUGACGGCGAACGACAUCUCGGCCAUCCUGCACACGUACGGCGUCGAGGCGGCGCGAGCUACGAUCAUCCAGGAAGUGACGGGCGUGUUCGGCGUCUACGGUAUCGACAUCGAGCCGCACCACUUAUCACUGAUUGCCGACUUCAUGACGGCGGGCGGCGGCUAUAGGGCCAUGAACCGCGGCGCGAUGAUGGACCACAGCAGCCCGUACCUCCAGAUGUCCUUCGAGACGACGGCGUCGUUCCUCACUUCUGCAGCACAAUCGUCGGCCGUCGACACGCUCCAGAGCCCGUCGGCGUCGAUCGUCGUGGGCCAGCCGGUCAAGGUCGGUACCAAUAGUUUCGACGUCAUGGUGCCUCUCAGUUAAAUUUAUCUUUAGGAC